CUAAAAAUACACCAAAAUAUAAACACGGGGAUUUUGACGUGGAAACCCAAAUCGGGAGAAAACCACGGGCCUUUUUUGGCGGUACCUUGCCAACGGGGGAUUUUUAUUAAUAUCGGGGGUGUAUACACGUUGAUUCCCCCAAAACUCAGAAACCGCUUAGAUAGCUCCACCCGUAGAAUGGAGGCGGCUGCGGCACUUCGAUCUUCGGUUGGCAUCUACCGCGGACCAGUCAAUUCAGGCUUCUUCUCAACCCGUACUGCGCCAGAUUUAGUUGGAUUUGGAUUCAAAUCUUCCGUUUCUGCUCCUUGGAUCAAGUUGCACCCUUCUGCUUCUCACGUGAGGUAUGGCAACCAGAAUGUGGCUUUUAGGAGUGCAAUUAGAGCAUCAUUGCCACCUUCCAGUUCUGGAGAUCCAGCUGAUCCGAUUGCUCCACUUCAAUUUGAAUCUCCAGUUGGACAAUUUCUUUCUCAGGUUAUGAUAAAUCAUCCACAUCUUGUCCCUGCUGCAGUUGAUCAGCAACUUAAACAGCUUCAGGCUGCUCACAAUGUAGAUAUCCAGAAGGAUGAACUAUCUGUAUCUGGCGCUGAGCUUGUUUUGUACAGGAGAAUUGCAGAGGUUAAGGCUAAUGAGAGGAAAAAGGCACUGGAAGAGAUACUGUAUGCAUUAGUGGUCCAGAAAUUCAUGGAUGCCGAUGUACCUUUGAUUCCAGCCCUAACUUUGUCAUCUUCCGACUCCUCUGGUCGGGUGGAUACGUGGCCUAACAAAGAUGAGCAAUUUCCCCACAUCCAUUCCCCUGAAGCGUAUGGCAUGAUUCAAAACCACCUAGCUCUCAUCCUUGGGAACAGAUUGGGCGACAAUACCUCUGAAACUCAAAUAAGCAAGUUUAGAGUCGGUCAGGUUUACGCCGCAUCUGUUAUGUAUGGGUACUUCCUUAAGCGGGUUGACCAGAGAUUCCAGCUGGAAAAGACCAUGAAAAUCCUUCCCAAGGGAACGGUCGACGGAAAUAUGCAGGUUCCCAAGGAAAAGUUCAGAUCUGUGGAUGACCAUAAUGACGCUUCAUUGAGCUCACCAGAAUCUGGUCCUGAAGUCGAACUGUUUUCUUUUUCCAGGGGGGUUAAGCAAUCAAAAUUGAGAUCAUAUGUGAUGUCACUUGAUGGGGAGACCCUUCAGAGGUACGCAACCAUCAGAUCGAAAGAAGCCAUACGAAUAAUCGAGAAACACACUGAAGCACUGUUUGGUAGACCCGAGAUUGCUAUCACGCCUCAAGGAACCAUAGAUCCUUCCGAAGAGAAUGUUAUUAGGAUUAGUUUCGGUGGUCUGAAGAGGCUUCUUCUGGAGGCUGCGGCUUUUGGGUCAUUCCUUUGGGACGUUGAGAGUUAUGUGGAUUCGAUGUGCCAUUUUGUCACCUCCUGAUCAAUCGAUCGAUCAAAUUUCAUGUCAACACACUGCGGCAGGAGAUGAUUGGUAUUAAAUUUGCAUAUGCUAUUUUCUUCAGGUGAGUGCAACUUUCUUUUGGGAGAAUGCUUUUGGAUCUUUUGUUGAUCUAUUUGUAUAUAUGUAUCGAUAUUCUUGCCGCCUUUUGAUCUUCACUUUGCAUACUUUUGGAUCAUCACUUUGUAUAAGGUAGACAUUUGCAGCAAAUUGUACGAUGUAUGUGCUGUUUUGUGAGGUUUUAAU